AUGCGGCGCGGCCUGCGUGUGCGCAUGCCCAGAAAAGGCUUCACGGCCGGAUUGCCAGUAGUCAACAUGGCGCUCAGCCAAACGCUCUGGUUUGGGCGGCUGAGGCUCGCAGCCAAUAUGGCAGCGCCCACGCUGACCUUCCGGUCUGCCGGCGGCCAUGUUGAAGUGCUCGGGAACCUCACCAAGCUGCCCAGCUGGUUCCACUCCGAGUUCCUCAAGAGUCCGAAGGCAGUUCACCUGGAGGCUUGGCUGGUGGAAGCGAUCUUCGGCCCCGGCGGGGAGCACAUCCCGCACGUCGAGUGUGUCUCCCACACCCUGCUUCAUGUGAACCGAUGGGAACCUGACGGCGAAGCUGAGAUCUUGAUAUGCGGGCGACCUUAUUUUCAGAAGGACGUAUCCAAGCUGAUCAUGAACUUGGCCGACUAUCACCGCCAGCUCCGGGUGCAAAGCUCAGAGAAGGUCCAGGCGCAGGAGGCCGGCACGCAGCGGUCUCCGAUUGAAAUGCGCGAGGCCGGCACGCAGCGGUCUCCAGUCGAGGUGGGCGAGGCUGCCGAGGACCCGGUUACCAGGUUAUGAAGAGCCAAGAGCGAGAACCAGGGCUUCAAGCGCAGAUCCCUCAAUAAUUCUACUCUUCUAGGUCCUACAGCUGCUGCCCUAGAAGCUGGGGGCAGAACGCUGCGGGUGUUUGGUUUUUCCCCUCUGUGUUAAUUGCGAGUUUAAGGAGUUCUAAUAAAACGAGUUGCAUU